AUCAUCAUCAUCAACAUCAUCAUCACUUCACUUACCUGACAUGAUAUUCUCGUUUCCCUGGAGUUGAGCCUCCAUCCAUCAGCACUGAAGAUUGAAGCUCUGCACAGCCGGAGGUCGAAAAGAGGUCAGAGGUCAACUUGACUCCCAUCACCACACCAGAGGCUGAACCAGUCGACAGUGACGAUUCGGACAUCAGUUCAACCACCUCUGAACUACCACAGAUCGACUCUGCCACCACUGCCUCCUGCGAAGCACAGAUCCAACCAGCUCCUAACAGUGACAUUUCCAACAUGGCUGACCCGGCUGCUGAGGACCAGAAGUACCUGUUUCUGGAAAACGAUUUUCGCAACAGUGGCGUGGCACAAGCCGACUGGGCAGCCAAGAAGAUGGUGUGGGUCCCGUCAGAGAGGGAGGGCUUCGAGCAGGCCAGCAUCAAGGAGGAGAAGGGUGAUGAGGUGCUGGUGGAGCUCUCCAACGGUCACAAAGUGACGGUGAACAAGGACGACAUCCAGAAGAUGAACCCACCCAAGUUCAGCAAAGUGGAGGACAUGGCCGCCCUCACCUUCCUCAACGAAGCCUCCGUCCUCCACAACCUGCGAGAGAGAUACUUCUCCAGCCUGAUCUAUACGUACUCUGGUCUCUUUUGUGUGGUGGUGAAUCCCUACAAGAUGCUGCCCAUCUACUCUGAGAAGAUCAUCGAGAUGUACAAGGGCAAGAAACGCCACGAGGUGCCGCCGCACAUCUACUCCAUCACAGACAACGCCUACAGGAACAUGAUGCAAGACCGUGAGGAUCAGUCUAUUCUCUGCACUGGUGAGUCUGGAGCAGGGAAGACCGAAAACACCAAGAAGGUGAUUCAGUACCUGGCCGUCGUCGCCUCCUCACACAAGGGCAAAAAAGAUGUCAACCCAGAAUCAGUCGCUGCAGCUGUGGCCAAGCAACAGCAGCAGCAGGCAGGAUCUCUGGCCUAUGGGGAGCUUGAGAAGCAGCUGCUACAGGCCAAUCCGAUCCUGGAGGCAUUUGGAAACGCCAAAACCAUCAAGAACGACAACUCCUCACGAUUUGGCAAGUUCAUCAAGCUCAACUUUGAUGUGACUGGCUACAUUGUUGGAGCAAAUAUUGACACCUACCUCCUGGAGAAGUCUCGCUGUAUUCGUCAGGCCAACACUGAGAGAGCUUUUCACAUCUUCUACUACAUGGUGGCAGGAGCCAAAGACAAGACAAGAGAGGAGCUGCUGCUGGAGGACUUCAACAGCUACCGUUUCCUGAGGGCGGGUCACGUGGAGAUCCCUGGUCAGGAGGACGAUGAGAUGUUUGUUGAGACUCUGGAGGCCAUGGAGAUCAUGGGCUUCACCGAGGAGGAGAGACUGGGGAUGCUGAAGGUGGUGUCCACUGUGCUCCAGCUGGGCAACAUCAAAUUUGAGAAGGAGAGGAACAGCGAGCAGGCGACCAUGCCCGACAACACCGCUGCUCAGAAGGUGUGUCACCUGCAGGGCAUCAAUGUGACCGACUUCACCCGCGCCAUCCUCACCCCCCGGAUCAAAGUGGGCCGGGAGGUGGUGCAGAAGGCUCAGACCAAGCAGCAGGCUGAUUUCGCAAUAGAGGCUUUGGCUAAAGCCAUGUAUGAGCGUCUGUUUCGCUGGAUCCUGGCGAGGGUCAACAAGACCCUGGACAAGAGUAAGAGACAGUCGUCCUCCUUCCUGGGCAUCCUGGACAUCGCUGGCUUUGAGAUUUUUGAGGACAACUCCUUCGAGCAGCUCUGCAUCAACUACACCAACGAGCGUCUGCAGCAGCUCUUCAACCACACCAUGUUCGUCCUGGAGCAGGAGGAGUACAAGAGGGAGGGCAUCGAGUGGAACUUCAUCGACUUUGGCCUGGACCUGCAGCCCUGCAUCGAGCUCAUCGAGAGGCCGAACAACCCUCCAGGUAUCCUGGCCCUGCUGGACGAGGAGUGCUGGUUCCCCAAAGCCACCGAUGUUUCCUUCGUGGACAAGCUGCUGAACACGCACACCGGUCACGUUAAGUUCUCCAAACCCAAACAACACAAAGAUAAACUGAUGUUCAGUGUUCUGCACUACGCUGGAAAGGUCGACUAUAAUGCAGCUAACUGGCUGACAAAGAACAUGGAUCCUCUGAAUGACAAUGUGACGGCUCUGCUCAACAACUCCUCCAGCAACUUCAUCCAGGACCUGUGGAAAGACGCUGAUCGAGUGGUGGGUCUGGAGACCAUGACCAAGAUGUCAGAGAGUUCGAUGCCCACCUCCACAAAAUCCAAGAAGGGCAUGUUCCGCACUGUGGGCCAGCUGUACAAAGAGUCGCUGGGCAAACUGAUGACCACGCUGCACAACACCCAGCCCAACUUUGUCCGCUGCAUCAUCCCCAACCACGAGAAGAGGUCUGGGAAGAUGGACUCAAACCUGGUGCUGGAGCAGCUGAGGUGUAACGGGGUGCUGGAGGGCAUUCGAAUCUGCAGACAGGGAUUCCCCAACCGCAUCGUGUUCCAGGAGUUCAGACAGAGAUAUGAGAUUCUGGCUGCCAACGCCAUCCCUAAGGGCUUCAUGGACGGGAAACAGGCGUGUUGUCUGAUGGUAAAGCACCUGGAUCUGGACCCUAACCUGUACCGUAUUGGUCAGAGUAAGAUGUUCUUCAGGACGGGAGUUUUGGCUCAGCUGGAGGAGGAGAGAGACCUCAAACUCACCGUCGUCAUCAUCGCCUUCCAGGCACAAGCACGAGGCUUCCUGGCCCGCAAAGCUUUCAGUAAACGUCAGCAGCAGCUGAGCGCCAUGAAGGUCAUCCAGAGAAACUGCGCCUGUUACCUGAAACUCAAGAACUGGCAGUGGUGGAGGCUUUUUACUAAGGUGAAGCCCCUGCUGCAGGUUACCAGACAAGAGGAGGAAAUGGGUCAGAAGGAGGAGGAGCUAAAGGCGGCGAAAGAAGUGGCAGCAAAGACUGAGGCCGAGCUGAAGGAAGUCAGCCAGAGACACACCCAGCUGAUGGAGGAGCGAGCCCAGCUGGAGUCAAAGCUGCAGGCGGAGACGGAGCUGUGCGCUGAGGCCGAGGAGAUGAGGGUGAGACUGGAGGCCAAGAAGCAGGAGCUGGAGGAGGUGCUGCACGAGAUGGAGGCCCGGCUGGAGGAGGAGGAGGACCGCAGCAGCUCCCUGCAGCAGGAGAAGAAGGACAUGGAGCAGCAGCUACAGCUGAUGGAGGCCCACAUAGCGGAGGAGGAGGACGCUCGGCAGAAGCUGCAGCUGGAGAAAGGGGCUGUGGAGGGAAAAGUCAAGAAGCUGGAGGAGGACAUCCUGCUGAUGGAGGACCAGAACAACAAACUGCUGAAGGAGCGAAAGCUUCUGGAGGAGAGGAUGGCUGACAUGAGCUCCAACCUGGCCGAGGAGGAGGAGAAGUCCAAGAACCUGACCAAACUCAAGGCCAAGCACGAGUCCAUGAUCUCUGACCUGGAGGUUCGCUUAAAGAAGGAAGAGAAGGGUCGUCAGGACAUGGAGAAGGCCAAGAGGAAGGUGGAGGCGGAGCUGGCCGACCUCCAGGAGCAGCACGCCGACCUCCUGGCCCAGCUAGCUGAGCUGCGAGCCCAGCUAGCCGCCAAGGAAGACGAGCUCCAGGCCACGCAGGCCCGCUUGGAGGAGGAGAGCAAUCACCACGGGGCAGCGGUGAAGCGGAUUCGGGAGUUGGAGGCUCUGCUCUCAGAGCUGCAGGAGGACUUGGAGGCAGAGAGGACGGCCAGGGGGAAGACUGAGGCGGCGCGCCGGGACCUUGGGGAGGAGCUGAACGCUCUGCGCACUGAGCUGGAGGACAGUCUGGACACCACCGCCGCGCAGCAGGAGCUUAGGGCAAAGCGUGAGCAGGAGGUGGCCAUGUUGAAGAAAGCCAUGGAAGAUGAGGGGCGGAGCCACGAGGCUCAAAUCCAGGAUCUGAGACAGAAACACAGUCAGGCUGUGGAGGAGCUUAGUGAGCAGCUGGAGCAGGCCAAGAGGGUGAGGGCUGGUCUGGAGAAAGCCAAGCAGGCUCUGGAGAAGGAGUCGGCAGAUCUGAGCGCUGACCUGCGAUCCCUGGCCAGCGCCAAACAGGACGUGGAGCACAAGAAGAAGAAGGUGGAGGGUCAGCUGAACGACCUGCACUCACGCUUCAACGAGAGCGAACGACAGAGGACUGAGCUGGGAGAGAAAGUCUCCAAGAUGACUCUGGAGCUGGACAGCGUGACGGGUCUGCUGAAUGAGGCGGAGGGAAAGAACAUCAAGCUGAGUAAAGACGUCUCCAGUCUGUCCUCUCAGCUCCAGGAUGCACAGGAGGUGCUGUCAGAGGAGACCCGUCAGAAGCUGAAUGUGUCGGGACGUCUCCGUCAGAUGGAGGAGGACAGGAACAGCCUGAUGGAGCAGCUGGAGGAGGAGACUGAGGCCAAACAGGCCGUGGAGAGGCAGGUCUCCAGCCUCAACAUGCAGCUGUCGGACUACAAGAAGAAGCUGGACGAGACGUCGGGGGCAGUGGAGCUGCUGGAGGAGGGGAAGAAGCGCUUGCAGCGCGAGCUGGAGGCGGUCAACGGCGAGUACGAGGAGAAGGCCUCGGCCUGCGACAAGCUGGAGAAGAGCCGGAGCCGGAUGCAGCAGGAGCUGGAGGACGUCCUCAUGGACCUGGACAGCCAGAGGCAACUCGUCUCCAACCUGGAGAAGAAGCAGAAGAAGUUUGAUCAGAUGCUGGCAGAGGAGCGAGCCGUGUCCUGUAAGUUUGCAGAGGAACGUGAUCGAGCGGAGGCGGAGGCGAGGGAGAAGGACACUCGAGUGUUAGCUCUGUCCAGAGCUCUGGAGGAGAACCAGGACGCCCUGGAGGAGGCGGAGAAGACCAUGAAGGGCCUCCGAGCCGAGAUGGAGGACCUCAUCAGCUCCAAGGACGACGUGGGAAAGAGUGUCCACGACCUGGAGAAAGCGAAGCGUGGCCUGGAGUCCAUUGUGGAGGAGAUGAGGACACAGAUGGAGGAGCUGGAGGACGAGCUGCAGGUCGCUGAAGACGCCAAGUUGCGUCUGGAGGUCAACAGUCAGGCCCUGAAAGCUCAGCAUGAGAGGGAGCUGCAGGCCCGCGACGAGAUGGGCGAGGAGAAGAGGAAGCAGCUCCUCAAACAGGUGCGUGAGCUGGAGGGGGAGCUGGAGGAGGAGAAGAAGCAGCGAGGUCAGGCGUCGGCCGGGAAGAAGAAGCUGGAGGGGGAGCUGAAGGACAUGGAGGACCAGGUGGAGGCCACCAGCAGGGGGCGCGACGAGGCGGUUAAGCAGCUCCGCAAGAUCCAGGGCCAGGUGAAGGAUCUGGGGAGGGACCUGGAGGACUCUCGUGCAGCCCAGAAGGAGGUGCUCGCUUCAGCCAGAGAGUCUGAGCGCAGAACCAAAGUCCUGGAGGCCGACAUCGUCCAGCUGCACGAGAUGUUGGCAGCAGCUGAGAGAGCUCGUAAGCAGGCAGAGACAGAGAGAGACGAGCUGCACGAAGAACUGGCCAGUAACUCCUCUGGGAAGUCACUGAUGUCUGAUGAAAAGCGUCGCCUGGACAUUAAGAUCAGUCAGCUGGAGGAGGAGCUGGAGGAGGAGCAGGCCAACGUGGAGAGCCUCAACGACCGGCUGAGGAAGAGCCAGCAGCUGGUGGAGCAGCUGGGGGCGGAGCUGGCGGCGGAGAGGUCCUCCUCUCAGAGCAGGGAGGGGUCCAGGCAGCAGCUAGAGAGGCAGAACCGAGAGCUGAAGGCCAAGCUGCAGGAGAUCGAGGGCCAGGGCCGCUCCAAGCUCAAGUCCUCCAUUGCCGCCCUCGAGGGCAAGCUGAGAGAGGCUGAAGAGCAGCUGGAGAUAGAGAGCAGAGAGCGCCAGGCCAACGCCAAGAAUCUGCGUCAGAGAGAGAAGAAGCUGAAGGAUUUGACGAUCCAGAUGGAGGAUGAGAGGAAGCUGGCGCAGCAAUACAAAGACCAGGCGGAGAAGGGCAACGUGCGGGUGAAGCAGCUGAAGCAUCAGCUGGAGGAGGCGGAGGAGGAGGCGCAGCGCAUGGCGGCCGCUCGCAGGAAACUGCAGAGGGAGCUGGACGAGGCGAGCGAGGCCAACGACGCCAUGAACAGAGAGGUGUCAUCGCUCAGGAGCAAACUGAGGCGUGGUGGCGGGGAGGCGGUGUUCAGCAGCCCCAGUCCUCGGAGCAGCGGCGGCGGCAGCAUCAGGAGCUUCGGGAUGGGAGGGAGCAUCGGCCGGAGGAGCACCCUCAAGGAGAACUCAGUGGAGCUGCAGGAGGAGGAGCCUCGGUCCCCGUCUCCUCCGCCCUGCACCCCCCCACUGGAUGCCCACGAGGAGGACUACACCUGCUCCCCCGAUGAGUAAAGGGACCACACUUGACAUUAUGAUUAGAAUUCACUCAAGUAAAGAAAACUGAAAUAUUUUUACACUUUAGAUUUAAAAAUUCAAGUGUCCUUUCACAAUAAAAGCCUCAAUGUUCCUGAAAACCAAAACACAAGAAACAAACAGUAAAGAUUUAUGAUUUACACAAACAAUCUGAGGGAAAGAGACACACGACAAAAACAAUCUCACAUCACAACAGCACUGAAGGAAACAACACAACAUAGUGUAAAGAUCUGGAGGCCAAACAAAGUUUCCCACUGUCUCUACCACAAUAAAGCCAACAUGUCAUUGACCAUACAUGUUUAUAUUUUAGGAUUUGAUGUUUUUUGUCAUAUGAAGGUGAACUGAACUUCACACUGUCGCUCAGUUAAAACCAGAAGUUUGAACACCUGACUCUGGGAAAUUCCACGUCUCCCAUCUUUCUCACAUUUUAUUGACAAAAUAAUCAAUCAGGUUUAUAGCAAUUGAUGAGGAUAUAUAAGAAAAAAAUUAGCAAGUUUGAAUCAUGGACAAUAAUUUUAAAAAGUAAUUUAAAAUAUUUUUUUUCUUUAGGUUUGAUUGCUGAUCCUUUGUUUUUUUUUGUUUUUUUUUAAAUAUGCACUUUCCUCUUAGUCAGUGGUUCUCAAAGUGGGGUCCAGGAACCUCCAGGGGUCCUUGAGGAGGUCCCCAGCAAAAAGGGGAAUCCUUUAUUUUCACCGUAAUUGGGUCCAUAAGUAACACAAUGACAGAAUAUAUAUUUUUUAUUUUUGGGUCUUGGGUUUCAAACACUGUCUGUUAUAAAACAUCUAAAAUCAAAAAUCUUCUCAGAUGGGGUCUGUGGUCUAAUUUGUGUCACAAUAUGUUCUUGAAGUGAAAAAACUUUGAGAACCACUGAACUAAGUAAAUGUUGCUGUUAAAUUUAAAACAGCUUUUUGGUCCUUUAUUAAUGAGCAUGCUUCAAAAUUAGGAUUCAUUUAAGUUUUUAUGUGAAAUUGCUCCAGUACCCAUGAGCCUCAGUGGCUGUUGCUGUGCAAACGUUUUAAACCGAUUCUAAUUUCUAUAUUUAUCAAUGUCUACAGAGCUCAGUGACUUCUGGGAUUUUAAGUUUCAAAACAAAAGGUCACGUUUCAGUUUCAUACCUGUCCAAGUGGAAGAAACGACCAGGCCUCGCUUCGUUUUCCUUCACUAAACCUGUCGCUGAUGAACCAAACUUUUCUCUGUCCCAUGAUUUCUUCCCUUCUCUUUGUAGCUCCAUUAAGUAACGAAUCACUCACCUGUGUUUUUAUCUGCACUUCUCAGAUAUAAAUAAAUAUAUAUGUUAUACAAAACACAGUUCAGGAGAACCGUUUGAACCUGAUCAGUGCAAAUAUUUUAGUCAUGGUGACGGAAGAAUGAAAAAAGAAAUGUCAAACAACAGUUAAAACGUCACAAGUUAGUCCAAUAGUGGAUUUACCAGCAUUUGUUAUUACACAGACUGAUUCAAAAUUGUUUAACUUGAUUUCGGGAAAUAAACCUGUAAUUGAAUGAGCACAAUAGAGCAGGUGUGAACACUGUAGAUUUCAACUCCUCAAAGUUUACAAAGUAAAAAAAGAAAAUUAUCUCCAACGUAAAGAAAGUGAUUCUGAUUUGAAGUGAGGCCAAGAACUUGUCACUAAUAUUUUCAAUGUUUGUGGAUUAACAUAUUAUUUAUAUGAUUAUAUUUAUUUAUAUUCCAGGUAGUUUAUCUAAUUCCCACACAAAAAGUCAGUCUCUUGUUUAUGACCCAUGACAGCUGAGCUGAUUCAGAUUCUGUUUAACUACUUUGUUUUUUUCCAGAAACCUCAAAGACUCUUUUAACCGUCUGGGUGAAAAAAAUAUUUCCUCUCCAGGGAGCCUGAAAUGUCGUCUCUCUCUUAUUUUGGACAAUAUGAGAAAAACAUACACAUUUUAUUGUAUAAAAAUAUAAGAGACAUCAUCAUAUAACUGAAAAUACAAUCUGACAUUUUGAUUCAGGUUGCUCAUAUUGUGCAGAGACACUGUCAUUUCCAUCUAAGUCUUUGUUGGGAUUGCAAAAUAAGAGUUGCAACCUAAACCCUUUAACCUGUCUCUUGUGCAUUGGAUGAAAUAUCUUUUCUUCUAAAUUGUGUGAAGAGACUUUAAGGAUUCUGGACAUGUUAUAUCUGUUAAAUUAAUUUAUUAACAGGUAUUUAUGUUUCUGAAAAUCAGCUGCUCAGUUCUGUGUCACACCACCUGGAGCUGACUUUACUCUUCAUGCACAUCCUCAGAGGGUUUUAAUAUUUAGAGAUAAGCUCUUAGUUUGGAAACUGAAUGUAAAACUAUAUUUGUAAACCAACUGUUGUAUAUUCAUUCCUGAUUAGGCAGUGUGAUUAAAACCUCACAGAUUCACAAUUAUAUAAUUAUAAUGAAGGUGAUUUGUACAACAGACUUUCUGCUUUCUGUGAACCAGUGCUAUUAAAACUGCUACUAAACUCA